AUGCCGAUGGUCCCUGCCUUUCAGCGUCGACGGCUGGCUCUGGGCUCCGUCUAUGUACCACUGACCAUCAUUCUGGCCAUGUACUGCCGCGUCUACGUGGUGGCCAAAAGGGAGAGCCGGGGCCUCAAGAAGGACAAGUCAGACUGGGAGCAAGUGACAUUACGCAAUCAUCGGGAAAAUGCUCAGGCGGAAGGAGGCGGGGUGGGCAGCGCUGAGAACAAGACGCACUUCUUCGUCAGGCUCCUCAAGUUUUCCCGGGAAAAGAAAGCGGCCAAAACGCUGGGCAUCGUGGUUGGCUGCUUCGUGCUCUGCUGGCUGCCCUUUUUCCUAGUGAUGCCCAUUG